AUGGCCUGGAGCGGACUCAAGCCACGAACUUCCCUUCGACACAUCACUCUACCUCAAGUCAGCGACCUUGGGGAUCUCUUCAACUGGCAACGCAAUAUCGAGACAACCCUUCAGCACUUCGGUCUGGUGCAACUCAUUUCCCAGCAACUCAAGGGACCAGGUGCCGAUCAUCCCGACGUUGACAAAUGGGGCCAGUGGUCCGUUAUCGUGCCCCAAUGGCUCCUGAAUACUAUCUGUAGUAUUGAGCCCGAGCUCCUCCUAUCGUUGAAGAGAUAUGCGCAGAUUCUUAUCUAUGCGGACGCCUCGUGUACAGGUAUCAUUUCAAUGACCUCCAAUCACGACCUCCACCGAACUGGUCAUCUGUUCGUACUCUGGAGAAUGCACCGUUGCCAGUUUGACACCCUGGAAGGCUAUCGUGAGCAGGUCGUCAUUUGCAGUGCGUUCAAGACCGGCUUGUGUUAUUGCUCGGCUGCAAAGGUGAGGAUUUAUCGGCUCCAGGAGGAGGUUCCUAGCAAUUGUAUCCUUGCGCAUCGUCUGAUUGCCUUGUACGAUGGGGAUAAUGCGACCAUGAAUCGGGCUCAGUUCGAUAAGUUUGUCGAGUCCCUGAUUACUGGUGGCAUGCCUUUCUAG